AGACAUCGGUCCACCAGAGCCUGUAACUGCUGUCGCAAUCGCAAGGUUCGCUGCGAUGUGAGUUGCGAUGGCGUCCCCUGCACCAAUUGCCGUCUUAACGGCGUCGACUGUAUUGUUACCGAGUCAAAUAGAGCGAGGAAGGAGGCUUCUCCCACACACCAUAUACGAGAGAUAACCGCGGACGAAUCCCUGCUUAGGCAGUUGACCAAGGGUAAGGGUGCGAAGCGGUACAGCGUGAAGUUUGACAAGUCUGAAGCCUUACUGAAUGAGCUCGCAGGUCAGCGCCGACACAACCCUCCGGCUGCUGCAAGUGACUGCAUCUAUGUUGAAGCUCAGGCGCAGCCAUCUGAUAGGACUCAGUUGCACCCAUCCAAGAGGACAGCAGAGACUAUCCGGCACUCACCUCACAAUGUCGCCAAGAAACCUCAAUCUUGCCUUCCGCCGUAUAUCAGGCGACUCCCAGCACACAUCACAUCUCAGGACAUGGAAUACCUCGCCAACAAGGGUGCUCUUACUAUACCCGACGAUGAACUGCGAAACGAGUUACUACGGACGUACAUUACCAUCAUCUUUCCUUUCCUACCUGCCAUGGACUUUAUGGCGUUUCUCGAGUCUAUUCUUCUUGGCGAUGGUGACAACCCAGUCAGUCUCCUACUAUUCCAAGCCGUCAUGUUUGCGAGCGUGAAUCUUGUAGACUUCAAGUUCCUGAAAGCUGGGGGCUUUUCGAGUAGGAAGAAAGCCCGCGAGACCUUCUUUGACCGGGUUCGCCUGCUUUACGGGCUGGACUGUGAGCCCGACCACCUCACGCUGAUUGAGUCUUUGCUCUUGAUGACUUACUGGCACGACUGUCCCCCCGAUGACGAAAGGGACGCGUGGUACUGGAUGGGAAUCGUUUUGACCCUCGCUCAGGCCAUGAACCUUCACCGGGACCCUGAAGCCUUAGAUAUCCCGGCGCGAGACAAGCACGUAAGACGUCGCGUCUGGUGGGCUUGCUUGAUACAGGACCGGCUUCUCGCCCUGGGUAUUCGUCGCCCUAUCCGAAUCCACGAUGGGGAGUACGACGUGGCCAUGCUCACCUUGAACGACUUUGAGAUAUACGCUCCUUCGCAACCUCUGGUCGAUUUGGUGCGCGACCCUCGCAUCACCGGAGCUAACGCAGAGCGUCGUAUUGCAAUGUGCACCAUGUGCAUCGAGCUAACAAAGCUGUGCAUUUGCGUCGGUCACAUCAUCUACUCACAAUAUACGACACUGGGUAGUCACGCAAAUUCAUCCUUCGAAUACCUCCCGCAACCCAUCAUGCUACCCAAAAAGUCGGGCAAUCAAAUUUUGGAGCUUGCCCAAUGCGAGGCUGAGCUCAACACAUGGUGCCAGAAUCAAGAUCCGCGGUCCAUAUACGUCUCAGUCCCUCAGGGCGAAAGGGCCCCUCAGAUGACCUUGCUGUACCAAGCGCUUCUAAGGAUAAGCUACUUGAAUGCAGUUGCUGUAUUGCAUCGACCGCAUGCCUUUGGCCUUUCUGGGUCAGUCACUACCAGCAGCAAAGUAUCGAGAGCCAAGGUGGCCGAAUCUGCCAUCUCGGUAACGAAGUUGGCCUUUCAUCUCCAGUCUAGCAGCCAGUUGCAAUAUCUAGCCACCAACAGUAUCCCGGCGUUUCUCUCCGCGGCGUUGAUACACCUACUGGAUGUCCGCUCUCCCAACGAGGAAGUCCGCAAUAUGAGCAUCGGCCGCUUUUUUCAGUGUAUGCAGGCGUUGCAUGAACUAGAAGACAUAUAUCCUUCUGCAUUCUCUGCCAUCCACUUUGUCGACUCAGUCAUAACGAGUUCUGGUGUCGAUAUC